AGUGCUCGUUCUUCCCUCCGGUCAUCUCCUCCGCCUCUUCGCCCACCUUCAAGUCACCGGUCUUCGAGCCCCUCUCCUAGUUUUCAUUGUCGUAAUGUCUACAUACAUCGCUAGUCACGCUACAGUCAAUCCUGCUAAGGUGAACUUGUUCUCCAAGCUAGUCGCCACUAUCAAGAACCGCACAUCCAAGAAAUCAAAGCUCCGCCCCCUUCGCCUUCCCGCUCAGGUUGCCAAGAAAGAGGCCGCUAAGUUGUCUCAGGUCAAGAAGGAUGGCUUUUGGGAUCUUGUCAAGAAAGUCCCAGAGACCAUUAAGGAGAAGAUUGCGAAGAAGAAGCCUGCAAAGCUCGACACCGACAACAAGGUCGAAACUCCGUUCAUCACCGAUGUAUCCAUCAAAGGUGUUGAAGUCAGUGGAGACGUCACUUCUGCAGAUACUUCUCCCAUCCAAGUCGACACUCUUCCCUUCUCAAGCUCUUGCGAAGUUGCCGAGCCUGUCGUGGAUCUCGCAUGCGCAACAAGAGAAGAAGUAAUUAAAGAGAGUGGAACUACUUUGGCGGACCUCGACGCCUCCACCAAACGACUCGAAGCUCUCUACGCUUAUUACUUCGGCGAUCUCCAGGAAACAGACUCAGAGGCAUCCAGCAUUGCCUCUAGUGGACCCCAUACACCUAUGGGAUCCCCGGUCAUCGAGUCGGAAGGCCUUCCACCUGUUCCUACGCAGAUCCUCAUUACUCCAUGCAAAUACCAGGAAGUUCAUGACGUGAACUUUGAUCAGAUCAUUUAUGGACCUCACUCUCCAGCCUGGUUCUUUGGAGACGUGGAGUACCUCGAUGUCCCUGGCAGAUCUUACCGGGCUCCUCGAUCCAAGCCUGUCGUUACCAAGGUCAACCGCAGUGGUCUCGGUCGGUGGAGUCGUUCCUCUUGGAAGGACCUCAAGUCCGGUUCUUCGAUCUCUUCGCUUUAUGCUUAAGCAUUCUUCGCCCAAUCUGCACCCUGCCUUUUUUACCAUCGUCAAAUUAUCUCUCGGCACACGGCCUUCUUAAUAUUUCUCGCUGCUUCUUUCACCUCUUUCAUCUCUUUGCAUGUCUCUCUCUCUUUCUCGCUCAAGUCUUCGUCAAAUCUAAUUUCAAGAAAAACCCAACAUUAUA